GGUACAGCGUCACAGCGGCGAUGUGUCAUUUCCACGGAUAAACGACGGAGCUCGAGCACGUCCCGUUUCCAGCGCUGCACCGGGAUAAUGUGUGUGAGCUCCCGUUAGCCUCGACCCCUCCGCACCAGCUCCCGUGUUCGCAAACUACCGUCGGCGUGGUCGUUUCCAAUCCGGGGAUGGGGAUGUUCUCUCCGGCGGGUACCGCGUCCCUCGCCGCGGUGACUUUGGCGCUGCUCACCGUCGUCCUCUGCUCUUCUCCGGUCGGUGCAAAUGAAGACUGCCUGUGGUACGUGGAUAAAAACGGCACCUGGCACAACGGCUUCGACUGCCCGCUCAUCACAUUCUGCUGUGGGAAUUGUCACCGGCGCUACUGCUGCCUGGACGCCUUCAAGAUGAUCACAGAGAGGGAGCAGAAGCGCUGCAUGCUCUUCCAGUUCAGCCCCACCACUUUAGCUGGCAUCGCCUCCUCCAUCCUCCUGUUUGUGGCCAUCAUUGCCACCAUGGUGUGCUGCUUCAUGUGCUCGUGCUGUUACCUCUACCAGAGAAGGCAGCAGAGGGGCAGGACGCCUUAUGAUGUCCAGCAGAUCCCCAUGGCCAGCUACCCACUGGAGCCUAUGUACGACGCUUAUGGAAAACCACUGGGACCCUCUGAGUAUCCGCAUGCAGGUUAUCCAAUGCCGGUCCAGUACCCUGGCAUGCCCCCACAGUAUCCGGUGAUGCAUCCUGGACCGUAUCCACCCCACCUAAUGGAUCCUGCUUACAGCCAGGCUCCUCCACCGUACUCUCCCCCUCAGUAUCCUGGUCAUUGAUGUGCUCAUCUCCACAAACACACAGGGGGAAAUAACAGCAGCUGAGAGAAAUGACUGUUUCGAGAAGGAAGCAACACACACACACACACACACACACACACACACACACACACACACACACACACACACACACACACACACACACACACACACACACA